GCCAUGGCGGACGCCACCUGUUCCUACGAAUCUUGCAUGUUCCCCCAUUCCCCAUUCCUUGGAUUUAGCCCAUCGCCUGUAAGCUCGCUCUCCUCCCUCCCUCCCUCUUCGCCCUCGGCCCAGCCUUUUUUUAUCCUUUGCUCGGUUCCUGGAUCUACCCGAAGCCAACUCUUUGUUUUACCUUAUCGGCGACUAGCCCCAUUGCGCACUUUUUAUUCGAACGUGUCUCGCCAUUGUGUUCAAUCGUGCGUGCAACGUGUCGUUUCCCACUAGAAGUUCCGUCACAUCGCGACAAGCUGUCACCACGAUGUAUACCAUCUACCUCGCAGCUCUGGCGCUUGCCGGCAGCGCUCUCGCCCACGGCGGCGACCACAGUCAGAAGCCCAUCGUGGACGAGAACGCCGACUGGAUGACGAAGCACAUGGCCGAGGAGCACCACAUGGAAGGCUGGGACACGGCAUCCUUCUUUACCCUGCACGACUACAACAGCGACGGCGUCUGGCAAGGCGACGAGAUCCUCCGCACGUACGGCCUCUUUGACGAGUCGAACCACCACGUCACCGAGGAGAAGCGCUUCGAAAUUCUCCACGACCUCAUGCAGCUGCUGGACGCCAACCACGACGGCCACGUCACCCGCUCCGAGUGGGAUGAGUUCAUCAAGACCGGCAAGACGCUGCCGGACUUAGGCAUGGGCCCGGGGCACCACGGCGACGACGAGUACGAGUACGAGAUCCACCAUUGGGAGCAGUAUCAUGACGAGAACACCAAGCUCGAAGACCUGACGCACCCCGAGGAUAUUGAGCACUUUAAGAAGCACGAGAAGAUGGAGGACGAGCAGGAGAGGCUAGAGCAGCUCGACCAGAUGGCCAUUGUCGAGGACAACAUCCCGCAAAAGUUUCGGCGGUCAUAGCGCCCGCUCGGGUUCCCAUCCCAUUGAGGAAUGUAUGGACAGGCGGGAUAGGCUGGCUGACGACGUUGACGAGAGCGAGAGAGGAAAAGUGAUUCACGAC